GUGCUCAGAUUGAGACCACUGCCAUGGAGGAGGCGGAGGCGCUGGAGGCCAACAAGUUCAAGGACAUCUCCGUGGUGAAGGCCGAGGGCAACGGCGACGUGCAGGCCCUGCUGGAGCAGGCGGUGCUUUUCCGCGACGUGGCCAGGGGGGUCAUCGCGGACGCGGACCUCGUGGGAGUCUCCGAGCUGUGGGGCGUGCCCAUGGAGAAGGAGCCCCAGAUUGAGACCACUGCCAUGGAGGAGGCGGAGGCGCUGGAGGCCAACGAGGACCUGGAGGCGGAGCGGUGCGACGACCUGGCCUUCGGGGUCCUCGUGGACAUGGGCCUCACGGAGAAGUUCUUCCAGGCCUUGAAGGCCAAGCCUUCCCGUUAG